UAUUCCAGUCACAUCCUAACAUCCGCAUACCCAUUGGUGCAAGCCAAUGCCUUGGCAAAUUCGGUGCUGGGCUUUCAGCCCGGCUACCGUGUGGUAGUAGGUGACCUAACAUCAGAGUACCAAGAAGCUCAAGAAGAAGAUUUUGUGGUGUCUUGGGAAGACAUCAGUGUUCAUCCCGACUACAUCGAUCCCAAAGUGGAAACGCAAGGAUUGGUGAAGAAUAAUUUAGCCAUUAUUUCUCUGCCUUCAUCGAUCACAAGCUCCACGUCAGCAUCCUACAUCACCAUCGAAGUGAGCAAGGUCACUAAUGACCUAACCAGCUACGAUGUCAAUGUAGCUGGUUGGGAUGCAGUGGCUAGCGCUGCCGUCCCUGUACAAGCGCAUACGCAGGACCAUGUGACGGUAAAAAUGGCGAACCCAGGUGGGUGUAGCAAAACGCCUGCCUGCUACACCUUCAUGCCUGGGCAGGGUGAUGUGGGAACAGGAGUGAAAACUCAGGGAAAAAAGAAGCUCAUUGGUUCCCUUGACAUACUGGUCGCCAUCAACCAAUUCAGCCUAUGCGACGAGAAUUCGAAGCACUAUUCUUUCGGUUCUUCCAUGAGUUACAGUUCGCACUUUUCAUUCGUCUGCAAACAAGCUUCCAUGUGCCUGAGUUACGGAAAGCCCGGCAAUCCGUCUUACUUUUUCGUUGUUGGCAUUUUCGCAUUCGUUUCCUUCGUGUGGGCCGUCGCAGCCGUCAUCCCGGGCCAGGCAACGCUGCUGCAGCAGUCGCUUCCUGGCAGCCACCGGAUGAGAACGCGCCGAUGCAAACACAAUAAUAUGUUCCGGUUGAAGUCAGUCGUGCUGGUGCCCCAUGGAUUCGUGCCCCACGUGGGCGGGCCCUGGGGGAAGGAGAGCCCUUACAUCCGCUUU